UAUGUUUACAGAUGGGACGAGCGCCUAUAUGAAGAGAAUCUCCUCGCCCAAGUUCAUUAACAAACAAAAUAACAAGACAAGAAAAGUAAGGGAAAAUCAAUAUGUUAUGCUUGACUGCAGCACAAGAGCUGAACCAAAGGCGAAAAUUGAAUGGUAUCGCGAAGAUACAUUAUUGGAAGAGGAAAAGGACGAGGAUUAUCUUAAACUAGAGAACGUUAAACGGGAAGACUCCGGAAAGUAUAAAUGCAAAGUUUCGAAUGUUUUGGGUAAAACUGUAAGAAGUUGGUCUCUUCAAGUUGGACCUAAUUAUUUUCGAAACGAAGAGCUCGGAGACAUUAAAUUCUUGGCUAGUGAACGUCAAUUGUUCGUUAAUCGUUGGGAGGACGCCGAAUUUAAAUGUCAAAUACGAUUAACAAAUCCCAGAGCAUCGAAGCCGAAAAUGGAAUGGGCAAAAGUAUCUUCAAGGACGAUAAAUAUAAAUAGCCCUCGAGAUGCCAUACUCUCUUCUCCUAUAAAAUUAUGCAAUACGACUUUGUUAACAAGAAAGAAUAACGUUUUUAUGAAUAGUUUACAUUUAAGAUCUGUCGACUACGAGAAUGCUGGAUUUUAUGCUUGUAUUAUUAAAUUGGGUUCAGCUGAUAUUGAACUUCAAUUAUUCGAGUUGAAAAUUGAGCAGGUAAAUGAAGAUAAUUCAACGAGAAUUAUUCUAAUAGCAACUAUCUCGGGAGCCGUACUCUUCCUUCUCAUAUUCACUUUCGCUUGCAUUUAUAAUAAACAUCGCAACAAGACGGGUCAUCCUUCGAAUAGAAGUACAAAGAGUUCAUCUAGCGGUUCAACUUGCGUUUACAAAAAGUGCACGCCAACUCCACCACCACACCAGAAUAUUAUGUUAAACUAUUACAAGCAACAGCAACAACCUGAUUUUGGACUUAUAUCUUAUCAUACAAUCAGUAGUAACGAUGGAUCUUAUAAUUCAAGGGAUAGAGAUAGUAUCGGAAAAUUAUAUUCUAACAUUUUGGAACAAAUACAGAAAAGUCAACAAUUGGCAUCGGAUACAAAUGAAAUUCAGGUUGUUGAAAGAAUAAAAAAGAAAUUUGUCAGAAAAUCAAAGACAAGAGAAGCGAGCAAUUUUCAGGAUUUUUAUAGAAAACUUCGAAAUGAGACAACGAUUAAAAAUCGUGGAUCUCUACUCUGCUUUCUAGAAUGUUUAUCAAGACUAUCUGAGACUACACAUUCUCAAAAAUUUCACUUCUCUACUGGAGUCCUUUCAAGACCGACGUCAACGCCAAAUCAAAAUCCAAAUCUGUUUAAAACACCAGCUUCUGUGAAUCAACAUCAAAUUCAUUCAACCCUUAGUAGUGGGAUUUCCAGCAUUGGAGGAAGAACUAAUGAAACUACCCCGACGCCCAGGUCACAUCCCCCGAGUUAUUGGAGAACGCCCGCGGCUCAACAAUUUCAUGGUCAAAAUCCCACCUUUCAAUAUCGCUCUAGUAGCGAUCAUUAUACAACUCAACAAUUAACCUUCGGAUCAACUCCUGGAAAUGCAUCUACCAAGGCAGCUGGCGAUCCCUACUAUGGAUCAAAGACGGAGGAAACGACUACUAAGGCUCACAUCGAAAGACCUAAUAAAAAGAGCGGAGAUUCAAGCAUCAUAUCGGAAGCUGCUCUCAUUAAAGAUCUCAUUUAUAAUCUGCAAGGUAUAGAUGGGAAAUAUAUUAAAUUUGAUGUAAAUGCCGCAGCCUUCAGACCUUCUAAAAUUGCGGACAUUUCUACUUCGAGAAAAGAUAUCGUAUCAAAAAUAUCUGAAUGCGGUUGGCUAUACUUGAAAGUUAGAAAGUACACUGACUUAAGAAGUUUAGAAAAGAGCUUUGGCCUAGUUGGACAGUGUUUUUGUGCUGCCUUAAAUAACGAAUUGACAGAAUUCUAUCACUUGGUUGCUGUUCUCGAUUCUCAAGCUUUACAAGAUGAAGAUCAGGGUGUAACUGUUGGAGAAGGUGUUCUCACUCUCAGGAGAUUACUAUUAUGGUCAUAUGAACCGUUAGUCCGGUUACGUUCCUUAGCGGCUUUAGUUGAUGUGUGCCAAGGAAAGAAGGGGGGAAGUUUAGCCAGCAUCAUUUACUCUUAUUCACAACACGGGGAUGUGACAAUAAAGUGUCUUAUGGAAUAUUUAUUGAUGAAAGUAGUACAACCAAUUUUUGUAACAAUUAUUCGUUGGAUUUACGAAGGAGAGUUGCAAGAUUCAUAUAAUGAAUUUUUUGUAUCUUCUGAUCCGACGGUGAAAGAGGAUAAACUUUGGCACGAAAAAUAUUCUUUAAGAAAAUCUAUGAUUCCAUCAUUUAUUCCCAUGGAACAGGCGCGAAAGAUUCUUUUAACCGGAAAAUCCAUUAACUUUCUACAUCACGUUUGUCACGAUGAAACAAAUGUUAGAGAACUCGAAGCUGUAAAAUUAGCAGAAACUCACCAGGUUGAAACUAUAUUUAGACAAGACUCUAAUCAAAUAUUCGAUAGAAUGGUUGAGACGGUUUAUGAAGAGACAAGCACAGCUUUGUUGGAAGUUUUACAAAAACGUUAUAAAUUCCUUGAUCAUCUUCAGGCUCUUCGGCGAUAUUUACUCUUAGGUCAAGGUGAUUUUAUUCGGCACCUAAUGGAUUUACUCCAUGACGAUUUAUCAAAGUCUGCAACUUCCCUUUAUUUACACAAUUUAUCUGGGGUGUUGGAGACGGCAAUUAGGGGUACUAACGCUCAAUUCGACGACAGUGACAUACUUAAACGAUUGGACGUUCGUUUGCUAGAGGUAUCCGGCAAUGAAGUUGGCUGGGAUGUCUUUUCGCUAGACUAUAGGGUCGAUGGACCUAUAUCGACUGUAUUUACACCAGAAUGCAUGAUUAUUUAUUUAAGAAUUUUUAACUUUCUUUGGAGAGCGAAACGUAUGGAGUAUGCCCUGUCAGCUAUUUGGAGAGAACAAGUAGCAAAUGCAAGACUUUUACGGAAUAUGCCAGAGUUAACUGAAAUAUUGCACAACAGUCAUAUGCUUUGCUCACAAAUGAUACAUUUUGUUCAACAAAUGCAAUAUUACAUAAACUUUGAGGUGCUGGAAUGUUCGUGGGAACAGUUGCUUCUUAAAGUAAACGAAGCAAAGGAUUUAGAUCACGUAAUAGCUGCACAUCAAGAGUUUUUAGAUACGAUAACUUGUCGAUGUUUAUUGGAUGUAGAAUCAUCUAAGAUACUUGCCGAACUUAGAGCAAUUUUCGAUCAGAUUAUUAUUUUCCAACUAUCUCAGCGUAAAUUUUACGAGAAAACUAAACACGAAUUGCAUCUUCGAGACUUGUUUGAAGAAAAUAUGAAAAAACGAACUGCUCUUAAUGAAUGGGGAAUAACAGAAGCUGAGGAAGAAGUGGAAAUGAAUAGACGCAAAGAAUUUAUUGAAAAAGAGGUUAAGGUCUCUAGUUCGGCAGUUAUCGUCUUAGCCAAUUCAUAUAGAUUGAUGGUUGGAGGUUUUCUCUCAGAAUUAGCAUCUCAUAGUGAUCAAGGCUUAACAUAUUUGAGUUUUCGAUUGAAUUUCAACGAGCAUUACAAUUUGAAAGAAGUGGAAAACCUAAUUAGUAAAACGGAGAGAUAA